CCCACAGCCUCAUUGCUGCUCAUCUCCUGGGGCUGGAGAUCUCCCAGCAGGGUCUUGUUCAUCGCUGCAGAACAGGGGUGCUGGUCCCGGAGCCUCCGCGCUUCCCAGAUGAAGCCGCUCGCGGGGACCUCGCUGGGAGAGGAGGAAGAGGAGGCACAGGGGCACGUCCAGGGGUGCCGACGGCGGCAGCAGCGGAGGAUAAAGGGGCCCAGCCCCUCACCACAGAGGGAGCAGCAGGCAGAGCUGGCUGGGCUCCCUGUGUCUCCAGAUGAAGGGAGGAUGAGCAGUCCCCAGGAGCACUCAGAAGGGGUUUUGGCUGGGAGUGAGCAGAGCGUGGAGCACGUUGGUGAGGUACCGGGCACGGACAGGCAGGAGGUGGCUGUGCACACCAGGGACAGUGCUGGGGCCAAGGAAGAUGCAGAAACCCCAGAGGAGCUGCUGCUGAGUUUCCCCAGUGAGCUCGCGGUGCUGGAGAGACUCGGCUUGCAUGGGGUGCCUUUGACAGAGCAGGAUGUGGAGGCAGCCUUUGCCCACCUGGCCCUGGCUUUUCGCUGUGACGUGUUCACCCUGCAGCAGCGGGUGCAGGUGGAGAAACGGGCACGGGAUGCGGCAGAGGAAAACAUCCAGGAGGAGCUGGGGCAGUGCCAGGCUGCUCUGGAGAGGCUGGGUCCGUUCUGCACUGACAUGGGCUGCAGGGAGCAGCUGGAGCAGCUUCAGCACAGCCUGGCCGUGCUGGCGGCUGCUGUGGAGCGGGCAACCAGUGCUGCAGAGAAGCUGGGGGCUGUACAUCAGGAGGCCCGGAUGAGCCGCGCAGCAGAGGUGAUGGUGCAGCACGUGGAGAACCUGAAGCGGCACCACCUGCGGGAGCACACGGAGCUGGAGGAGAUGAAGCGCCUGAUCCAACAGAACUCCCGCAACCGGCAGCUGGCAGAGAGCCAGGAUGACGCGGAGCCACGGCUGAGGCCUCAUCCCCUGAUGCGAACUUUCCAGCAGGGGUCUGCCCGCCGCAGAGUCAGCAUUGCCGUCAUCCCCAAGCAGCUCUUGCCAGGUGCCAGCCCUGAGAGCCGAGUGGCACUGACCAGUGAGCUGGAGAGGGACGGGGCCCAGCGCUGGCGCAGCACCCAGAGGAGUGAGCUGGAGCCGCAGGGCCAGGGCAGUGCUGUGACCGGGGACCCAGCGCCUGAGGCACAAGACAAAGACUCAAGUGCAGGGAAUAAGGAGAUGGAGCAGCUUGGGCUGAUGUCCAAGGGGUCCCCAGAGGUGCUGUGGCGGCCGUGGCUCUUCCUCCCGCAGCACUACUGGGUUUUCUUCUGGCUGCUUCUGCUGAGCAUCGCCUUCCUCCUCCUCAUCCGUGCCCUGGAGCUGCAGCGGCUGCAGUCUGUGGCAUCGCCCAAGGCCUAAGCCUGAGGCGGGAGGGGGAGACCUUCAGUCUCCAUCAUUACUCCUUCCUCACACUGUAAA